AUGAAAAAGCAAGUGACAAUGGACAAGGAGUACUGUAAUAUGGAGAAGAUUGUGAGCAAGACCGCGUGCAAAUCCAGCAGCGUUCCGGCAGUCGCUUCGUCUUCGAAAACUAAAAUGGAGGUCACCGAUCGCAAAGUCUCAACUGGAACAUUGAACAGGCUGAUUCUGGUGGCUCAGGCUCUUGAAUCAGAAGUGGAAACACGGCGGAACGAUGACAUCAGUGCUAUCAAAAUCACGUUUUCAAUAAGGGUGGCAAACACAAUUCUUCUCCUGCUCAUUAACAUAUUACUGUUCUCGGGAUUCGGGAAAUAUCAAGUACAAAAAGAUGGGCGUUACCAGGAUUUGAUGUUAACGGCUGACAAAUGGACAUACGAUUCGUCGAAUGAUGAGCUCCCGGAAACGUUUGUCUACCUCCGCCUAAGCGGUCAAUAUCUAUCGGCUUGCAUCACUGUGUUCUUGCUAUUCUCCACAUUCUUCCUUCAACUUCUGCAUUUAUGUGGAAUCUCCAUCUCCAGAAUCACGAACAUGUGCUAUUCCUUUGGGGCUGUUCCAUUCACGCUGUUUGUUUUUGGAUUGGAAAUGCAUUAUUCCACAUGCCCGUGGCUUGACGAGUAUUUCAUUUCAUACAGUAUGUCGGAUAUGAGCUCACAAUGUGCAAUAAACGGAUGGGCUUUGGCUGGAAUUUUCUCACUUCUCUCAUGCGGACUAUUCGUUUCCGAAGGUAUUAUCACCGCUUUUUUUGGCAACUCCCACGUGACAGAAAACAAGGAGACAAUAGUCUAA